CAGACGUAUAAAAUAACGGUGCCGACCCGGAAUUGAGUUGUUGUCUUUUAUUCGAUGGGGUUGAUUUCAAUUAAAAAAUUAAAAAAUUCGUAGCAGAAUCACCGAGUUUGACGAGCAAGCACGAUUGACACGAAUAGAGGAGAAGAGAACACCCGAAAGGCGCAUCUUUAGAUGUUUCUUGUCAAGGCAGGUUUGCGGACAGCUAUAUUACUUGGAGGGUCCCCAAUGACAUUAGCUAGCUAGGCUAUGUAAUUGUUAAGAGUGAUGCCGACCGACUGUAUGUUAUUGUUAACGUUUAAUGUUUUUGUGUUUGUGUAUUCGUCCACGAUUUGCGUUUACUGGGAGUAGUGAACACGUUUAUCUGGCUGUAGGCUACAUCAACAAGGUUUUCCCCCCAGGAUCACCUUGACAAAGCAGGCCAGAGUUCCUACUUUUUUCAACAUUUUUUGCACGGUCAGUAGGCUAUCAGUGUUUGAGAAUCUCAGCCUAACUUCCCCACUUUUGAUUGACACUUGAAACAUUAUUGCGCUUCUGUCAAAAACGCAGACACGGUUACUUUGUAGUCAGAUUGGCAUCUCAUUUACACGAAACAGUGUACAUUUUUGUUCUGUAACUGCUGUGACAACGUUUCACUUUUUAUUUAUUUAUUUUAACUAGGCUUAACUCUUCAUUAAUAGGCACUCUGUAGCUAGUAAGAUUCUAAACGCCCUCGGACCUCUGGACGUUGACAUCCUGCCUCCACAAAUCACACCAGACGAGUGAGUUUGCAUCCGUGUGUCAUCGCAGCACUGUCAUGCUGCUGUCUCACUCCGACCUAUGGAAAGUCAGUUUGGAGUACAUCUCCAGACCCUGCACGGUGGUCCUCGCCACCAUCACCGCUGCCCUGUACUACCUCUGGGGCCGUGAGGGCCAGGUCAGUCCCUCGGUCCGAGACUAGCUGCCUUCGGGGUACUGUCUCCUGGCUUUGAGAGCAUGUGCCUCUGCGCCCCUGUCCCAUUUACCAUCUAGUUUUUUACUCUUGAGUGCUUCAUACCUCUAUCUGCGGGCACUCGCAUUAUGUCCAUCCCUCACCUUAGUUUUUAGAGCAGGCUAUAGGAACCAAAUAAGUUAUCACCCAAUAUUGUAUUGAUCUUGGACUUGAUAGGCCUAUCGGAUAUAAAUUAGGCAUGUACCCUGUAAGAUAUGCUAUCAUCCAGUGUUCUCCAUCCUCAUUGUUAUCACCUUUUACUCAUAUGUAGAUUUUGUUCCAUUGCCCAACCACCACAGCUAGCAGAACAUAUGGCCCACAGUGUCUGUUUGUUUGCCUCUGCUUAUUCUACUCUGUUUUCACCCAUUUCUAUCUUCUCUUUUGUUCUCCCUCUGUCUCUCUCACACCCACACUUACACCUGUGCACACCUUUGUUUAGUCCCCUUUGCUCAUACACACAUGCUCACAUACCCAUGUCCUCUCUCUCUCUCUCGCCUUCACCCUCAGACACCGGUCUUGGUGUGUAGCGAUGCAUUCCGUGUGUUCCUACAGAGGCACUGUCCCGUGGUGGCUGAGCGCUUCAGCCCUACUCCCUGGUGCUGGGGCGGCCGGCUGCAGACACUGGUCAGAGUGCUCAUCAAGUCCAGCCCCCAGGUUGACUACAGGAAGUAAGACAACCCAGAACCCACAACUUCCUUCCCUCCUCUCUACCUGUAACCUCUAUAGUCAUCUGCAUAUUGGGCCCACUUAAUGUAUACCAUUUGAAAGGGUAUUCUGUUAAUACUAACCCUCCUGUCUCCUCCACUCUCCUCAGUGAAUUGAUCAGGACAGCUGACGGAGGUCAGAUCUCUCUGGACUGGGUAGAUAACGGGGCCAGCGCCGCCUACCCAGAAUGCUACUCUCGUCCCACAGUGCUCAUCCUGCCGGGCCUCACAGGGAACAGUCGCCAGACCUACGUCCUCCAUGCCGUCAGCCAAGCCACACGCCGCGGAUACAGGUCAGCCUGAGAGGCCAUGACCUCUCACCUUUCACUUUACCUGUCAUGCUAUAUGGAGUCCUUGGAAAAAUCUCAAACAGUUUCUUGUUGGUUCUGGAUUGGACUAGAUUGGUCAAACAGUGCAGUAUGGUAGCUUGACUCUGUCAACUGGAGUUGAGAAACACCGAAAUGGGGCUCUUUGUCACUGUGCUGAGGUUUGGAAUCUGAGAUUAGAUCUUUGUCUCUCUGUUUUCCCAGAUGUGUGGUCUUCAACAAUAGAGGGUUUGGAGGAGAAGAACUACUGGUAAAUUCAGGGAGUGACUGAAUGCCUUUUAAGUGCACUAUCAUGCAUAUUCCAUCAGGGUCUGACACAAUGCAAUUUUACAAGCAGUUUGAUAAGACAUUAUACUACUGUUCAAAGCUGACAUUGUAUACAAACAUCAAUAAUGUAACAUAUGGUCUAUGCAGUGCUUGAGCCUAGUAGUCUCAUCACCUUGUCAGCACCUGUCUUCUCUCCCAGUAGACUCUGAUGAUCCCAGUCCUACCCCAGUAACCUACACCCACCCCCCUCUCUCUCCCCCAGACCCCUCUGACCUUCUGUGCGGCGGACACCUCAGACCUGGAACGGGUGGUCCUCCAUGUCAGGGAACUCUUCCCACAAGCCCCUCUGCUGGGCACCGGCGUGUCUCUGGGAGGGUAAGUGCUUAUAAAUAAAUAAAAAUACAUAGAGGUUCUAACUGCUUAAGUCUGUUCAUAGCACAUUUUGUGACGAUUUGUUUUUUUCCUCCCUUCUACCCCUCUCUAAACACUCUUCUUUCCCCAUCUUCUAUCUUUUUCUUCUCUUUCGCUCCUCUCCUGUCUUCUCCCUCACCUUCCCUCCUAUUCCCGUAUGUAUCCCAGCAUGCUCUUGUUGAACUACCUGGCUCGUAAGGGUAGUGAGGCAGGGCUCGUUGCCGGCCUCACCAUGUCUGUCAGCUGGGACACACUGGAGUCCUGUGCCUCGCUGGAACAACCAAUCAACCGCCUGAUCUUCAACCGACACCUCGCCAGCAGCCUGUGCCGAGCCAUUAACAGGUAAGACUGACUUGUUUAGUCGCUGUGGUUGUGGUUUCCAUGUACGUGUUGCUGUGAAUGUUGUUGCCAUGGUUAUUGGCCUUUCAAAAUGGAACAAGACCUGUCAUUACUAGCCUUGGUGUGAUUGCAACCCACAUAUCUGUCUCUCUCUUGCGUUCUGUCAGACACAGGAAGAUGUUGGAGACUGUGGUGGAUGUGGACCAUGUACUAAAGGUAAGAACCAGUUUCAUAUGGUUUAUCUAUGAGGUGCCAUCCUGUUGUGUGUAGAAUGAGUGUAUUAGUUGUUGCGCUGGUGCCCUUUUUUAAAUCUAACUCUCUCCCUACGCCCCUUUGUGUUUACCCUCUCAGGCACGUACUAUCCGGGAGUUUGACGAGCGCUACACGUCGGUCAUGUUUGGCUAUAAGUCCUGUCUGGACUACUACCAGGAGGCCAGUCCAAACUACAAGCUUCCCAGGACGACAGUGCCCAUUCUCUGCCUCAAUGCUGCCGAUGACCCCUUCUCCCCCAAACAUGGUGGGUACUGCCUGGGAUAGUGCCUGGGGUAUAGAUGGUUCUUAUUUAGAUUUUGGAAGCAGCCCUCAACGUUUGUCAUAUGUACAAAAGUAUGUGGACACCCCUUCAAAUUAGUGGAUUUGGCUAUUGCUGACAGGUGUAUAAAAUCGAGAACACAGCCAUGCAGUCUCCAUAGACAAACAUUGGCAGUAGAAUGGCCUUACUGAAGAGCUCAGUGACUUUCAACGUGGCACCGUCAUAGGAUGCCACCUUUCAAACAAGUCAGUUCGUCAAAUUUCUGCCCUGCUAAAGCUGCCCCGGUCAACUGUAAGUGGAAAAGUCUAGGAGCAACAACGGCUCAGCCGCGAGGUGGUAGGCUACACAAGCUCACAGAACGGGACAGGCGAGUGCUGAAGCGCGUAGCGUGUAAAAAUCGUCUGUCCUCAGUUACAACACUCACUACAGAGUUUCAAACUGUCUCUGGAAGCAAUGUCAGCACAAGAGCUGUUCGUCGGGAGCUUUAUGAAAUGAGUUUUCCUGUGCACAAAGCGAGGUCCAUACAGAAAUGAUUUGUUGAGAUCAGUGUGGAAGAACUUGACUGGCCUGCACAGAGCCCUGACCUCAACCCCAUCGAACACCUUUUGAAGUGGAACGCCGACUGUGAGCCAGGCCUAAUCGCCCAACAUCAGUGCCCGACCACACUAGUGUUUUUGUGGCUGAAUGGAAGCAAUGUUACAACAUCUAGUGGAAACCCUUCCCAGAAGAGUGGAUGCUGUUAUAGCAGCAAAGGGGGGACCAACUCCAUAUUAAUGCCCAUGAUUUUUGAAUGAGCUAUUUCAAAGAUUUUACUGAGUUACAGUUCAUAGGAAAUCAGUCAAUUUAAAUAAAUAAAUUAGGCCCUAAUCGAUGGAUUUCACAUGACUGGGAAUACAGCUAUGCAUCUGUUAGUCACAGAUACCAUAAAAGAAAUGUGCCUCACAAUGGGCCUCAGGAUCUCGUCACGGUAUUUCUGUGCAUUCAAAUUGCCAUCGAUAAAAUGCAAUUGUGUUCAGCCUUUUAUUGUCCCCAGUGCAUUCAGACCCCUUGACUAUUUCCACAUUUUGUUACUUACAGCCUUAUUCUAACAUUUAUUAAAUUACAUUUUUCAAUCUACACACAAUACCCCAUAAUGACAAAGCGAAAACAGAUUUGUUUUUGAAAUUUUAGCAAAUGUAAAAAAAACAGAAAUACCUUAUUUACAUAAGUAUUCAGACCCUUUGCUAUGAGACUCGGAAUUGAGCUCCGGUGCAUCCUCUUUCCAUUGAUCAUCCUUGAGAUGUUUCUACAACUUGAUUGGAGUCCACCUGUGGUAAAUUCAAUUGAUUGGACAUGAUUUGGAAAGGCACACACCUGUCUAUAUAAGGUCCCACAAUUGACAUUGCAUGUCAAAGCAAAAACCAAGCCAUGAGGUCGAAGGAAUUGUCCGUAGAGCUCUGAGACAGGAUUGUGUCGAGGCAGAGAUCUGGGGAAGGGUACCAAAAAAAUUCGCCAGAAUUGAAAGUGGCCUCAAUCAUUCUUAAAUGGAAUAAGUUUAGAACCACCAAGACUCUUCCUAGAGCUGGCCGCCCAACCAAACUGAGCAAUCGGGGGAGAAGGGCCUUUGUCAGGGAGGUGACCGAGAACCCGAUGGUCAUUCUGACAGAGCUCGAGUUCCUCUGUGGAGAUGGGAGAACCUUCCAGAAGGACAACCAUCUCUGCAGCACUCCACCAAUCAGGCCUUUAUGGUAGAGUGGCCAGACGGAAGCCACUCCUCAGUAAAAGGCAAGACAGCCUGCUUUGGAGUUUGCCAAAAGGCACCUAAAGGACUCUCAGACCAUGAGAAACAGGAUUCUCUGGUCUGAAGAAACCAAGGUUGAACUCUUUGUCCUGAAUGCCAUGCGUCAUGUCUGGAGGAAACCUGGCACCAUUCCUACGGUGAAGCAUGGUAGUGGCAGCAUCAUGCUGUGAAGAUGUUUUUCAAUGGCAGGGGCAGGGACUGGUAGACCAGUCAGGAUCGAGGGAAAGAUGAGCGGAGCAAAGUACAGCGAGAUCCUUGAUGAAAACCUGCUCAGGACCUCAGACUGGAACAUUUACAUUACAUUUACGUCAUUUAGCAGACGCUCUUAUCCAGAGCGACUUACAAAUUGGUGCAUUCACCCUAUAGCCAGUGGGAUAACCACUUUACAAUUUUUUUUUUUUUUUUGGGGGGGGGGGGGGGGGUAGAAGGAUUACUUUAUCCUAUCCAAGGUAUUCCUUAAAGAGGUGGGGUUUCAAAUGUCUCCGGAAGGUGGUGAGUGACUCCGCUGUCCUGGCGUCGUGAGGGAGCUUGUUCCACCAUUGGGGUGCCAGAGCAGCGAACAGUUUUGACUGGGCUGAGCGGGAACUAUGCUUCCGCAGAGGAAGGGGAGCCAGCAGGCCAGAGGUGGAUGAACGCAAUGCCCUCGUUUGGGUGUAGGGACUGAUCAGAGCCUGAAGGUACGGAGGUGCCGUUCCCUUCACAGCUCCAUAGGCAAGCACCAUGGUCUUGUAACAGAUGCGAGCUUCAACUGGAAGCCAGUGGAGUGUGUGGAGGAGCGGGGUGACGUGAGAGAACUUGGGAAGGUUGAACACCAGACGGGCUGCGGCAUUCUGGAUGAGUUGUAGGGGUUUAAUGGCACAGGCAGGGAGCCCAGCCAACAGCGAGUUGCAGUAAUCCAGACGGGAGAUGACAAGUGCCUGGAUGUUGGAAGGUUCACCUUCCAACAGGACAACAACCCUAAGCACACAGCCAAGACAACGCAGGAGUGGCUUCGGGACAAGUCUCUGAAUGUCCUUGAGUGGCCCAGCCAGAACCCAAUCGAACAUCUCUGGAGUGACCUGACAAUAGCUGUGCAGCGACGCUCCCCAUCCAACCUGACAGAGCUUGAGAGUAUCUGCAGAGAAGGAUUGGAGAAACUCCCCAAAUACAGGUGUGCCAAGCUUGUAGCGUCAUACCCAAGAUGACUCGAGGCUGUAAUUGCUGCCAAAGGUAUUUCAACAAAGUACUGAGUAAAGGGUCUGAAUACUUAUGUAAAUGUGAUAUUUCAGUUUUUUUUUUUUUUAUACAUUUGCUAAAAUGUCUAAAAACCAGUUUUUGCUUUGUCGUUAUGGGGUAUUGUGUGUAGAUUGAGAAGGAAAAUACAACAAUUUAAUCAAUUUUUGAACAAGACUGUAACAUAACAAAAUGUGGAAAAAGUCAAGGGGUCUGAAAGUUUUCCGAAUGCACUGUGUAUAUAUAGUGAUCAAUUGUUGGUCUUCAUCUAAAUGCUUCAAACUGAUAUUUUCCUCCUUCGGUGUCACUCCCUUCCUCUCCAUCUUCUACCCCCCCCCCCCCACCCUUUCUCUCUCCCCUCCCUCUUUCUCUCUCCCCUCCCUCUUUCUCUCUCCCCUCCCUCUUCCUCUCUCCCCUCCCUCGUUUUCUCUCUCCCCUCGUUUUCUCUCCCGUCCCCUCCCUUGUUCUCUUUCUCUCUCUCUCUCUCUCCCCUAUCUUUCUCUCUCCCCUCCCCUCUUUCUCUCCCCUCCCUCUUUCUCGCUCCCCUCCCUCUUUCUCGCUCCCCUCCCUCUUUCUCGCUCCAGCCCUCCCGGUGGCCCUAGCCAAGCGCCUGCCUAACGUAGCCCUGUUGGUGACAUCCCACGGCGGACACAUAGGCUACCUAGAGGGCCUUUACCCACGUGGGGAGGGCUACAUGGACCGCCUGUUCGGCCAGUUCAUUCAGGCAGCCUUUGAUCACCCUGGGGACCUCAAGGGGGCCUGCAGCAUCAAGGAAGACCUGCUGGAUUGACCUCAGACACCCUGGUCAUGUGAUAAGGUCCUGAGUGAUCUGGGACUGACCGAUUAACCUCACCAGCACCCCCUCUUCUUUUUAAUCUCAGGUGCUUAUUCGUCGACCAAUCAGACAGAGCUUAACGCAAUAGACACUAUGACAUCAUAUGUCAAAAAUGUUAUAAAUUGAU